AUGGCCCAGGCGAGGGCGGCAAUUGAGGAGACCACUGCCAAGUGCAGUCUGGUUCCCGUCAUCCACACUGCCAUACAGCAGCAUAUUUGUAAGCUCUUGGGAGAGGCGACUAUCAUCAGUUUAUCUACUGGAGACACAGAUGCUGAGCUAACUGUAUCUGUUGCUAUGAGCUCAGCCACCACGUGACACUCAUGGAAAGUACGUUUUUCACAGGUUUUUAACCAGGCUGCAAUGACUUUGGCAAGAGGAGCUAGAGCAAAUUCCAAGUUCCACAUUACUAGUAUGAAGAUGAUAACAUUAUUUAUUUAUGUCACAAUAGCCAUUUAUUCAGUUGCCACCCCAACUGAAAGGAAAAACAUUGCUUUAAUACAUUGCUUAAUCUAUUCAAAAUACUGUUUCUUUCCAGUUUCCUCUCCUUUGUCUGAUUUUUUCUGAUAUUUGUGGGCCUUUAGACAGCUUCAGCAUCAUGCGAGGAGACGAAAUCCCUAGAUGUUAAGUAGUUUAUUCCAGGGUUUGAAGUGUCUGGUUCUGUAAAUUGUUGUGGAGGCAGUCGCAAGGUGAACUAUACAGCGUGAACAGGCUUUUCUUACAGCCCAGCACUAACACAUCUGAUUCAGCUAAUCAAGGUCUUGAUUAUAUGUAUAGUUUUAAUUGUAAUAGUUGAAUCGGCCAAAGCUAAGGACCCUGGGACUUAACACCUCCCUCUGCAACUGGAUCCUGGACUUCCUGACGGGCCGCCCCCAGGUGGUAAGGGUAGGUAACAACACAUCUGCCUCGCUGAUCCUCAACACGGGGGCCCCUCAGGGGUGCGUGCUCAGUCCCCUCCUGUACUCCCUGUUCACCCAUGACUGCAUGGCCAGGCACGACAUUUGGCAUGGGGUCCUCAGAUCCUCAAAAGGUUAUACAGCUGCACCAUCGAGAGCAUCCUGACUGGUUGCAUCAUCGCCUGGUAUGGCAACUGCUCGGCCUCCGCACAGCAAGCGGUACCGGAGCGCCAAGUCUAGGUCCAAAAGGCUUCUUAACACCUCCGACCGCAAGGCACUUCAGAGGGUAGUGCAUACGGCCUAGUAAAUCACUGGGGCCAAGCUUCCUGCCAUCCAGGACCUAUAUACCAGGCGGUGUCAGAGGAAGGCCCUAAAAAUUGUCAAAGACUCCAGCCACCCUAGUCAUACACUGUUCUCUUUGCUACCGCACGGCAAGCAAUACUGGAGCGCCAAGUCUAGGUCCAAAAGGCUUCUUAACAGCUUCUACCCCCAAGCCGGGCGGCAGGUAGCUUAGUGGUUAAGAGCGUUGUGCCAGUAACCGAAAGGUCGCUGGUUCUAAUCCCCGAGCCGACUAGGUGAAAAAUCUGUCGAUGUGCCCUUGAGCAAGGCACUUAACCCUAAUUGCUCCUGUAAGUCGCUCUGGAUAAGAGCGUCUGCUAAAUGACUAAAAUGUAAGCCAUAAGACUCCUGAACAGCUAAUCAUGGCUACCCGGACUAUUUGCAUUGUCCCCCCCACCCCACCACAUCUCAAUUACCUCGACUAACUGGUGCCCCCGCACAUUGACUGUAUAUAGUCUCCCUACUGUUAUCUUAUUUUACUGCUGCUCUUUAAUUAUUUGCUAUCUUUUUUUUAAAAACUUUUUUUUUUUUUAUCGAAAAAACAGCAUUGUUGGUUAAGGGCUUGUAAGUAAGCAUUUCACUGUAAUUUCUACACUUUUUGUAUUCGGCGCAAGUGGCAAAUACAAUUUGAUUUGAUCUGAUUUGAGAAGUGUUAGUGCUAGGUUGGAGAAAAAGCUUGCACAGCCUGUAGCUCUCCAGGACCAGGAGUAAAGAAUCCUUUUCUAACAAGCCGUCUUUCUUCCACCAGCCGAGACCACGUACCACACGCUGGAGGAAGGUGGCGUGGUGGAGUACUGCCCCACCACCGAGGCCACGCCCACUGUGGUGACCACCAUGGAGUCGUAUCCGGUGGAAAUGCUGACGGCAGUGUCUUCGACCCCGCCGCCCAGCCAGGCCAAGUCCCAGGAGCUGAAGAGCCGCAUUGCCCUCAACUCUGCACGGCUCCUCCAGGAACAGCGGGUCACCAACGUGCACGUGAGGCAGAUUGCUCAGCACCUGGAGGGCCAGAACGAGCUGCUGCAGAUGAUCCGGGAGGCGCAAGCCUACGCCUAG